ACAGUGCAAUGAACCUAGGCGUGUAGCAAUCGUUACACACUGCUAAAAGCAGGGUUGACAUUUUGUCCUUACGUUACUGUUCGACACUUUCCUAGGAAUUGUUGUAAAGUACAUCACUUUUCUGAUUUAACAAUAACUGCUGAGUGAGGCUUUACUAAAGAGCAUUUCUGCAAAUGUUUUCAUCACUCUUUGAAUAAAAUCUACCAUAGUCUCUUACCAUAUAAGAAAUGCCAAAUCCCCGAGAAUUCACUGAAACAAACUCAGGAUCUAGAAGAGGUCGUCGUUCGUAUAUAAAAGCUGAAACGUUAACUAAAGGGAUGAAUUGUGAACCUAUCAUAUUUCAUCGAAAUUGCACAAAACGAAUUAUAUCUCAAUCUCCAAGAGGCAAACCAAAACGUAAAGCUGGUCGUCCUCGGAAGUAUAAAUUGGGGGAUUUGGAUUCCCCAUCCUUUUGUGAAGGAUUGGAUUCAUCAACCUGUCCACUUAGCCUUUCCUCGGACAAAAUGUCAUGCAAACGUCAGCGCAGAUUAUCGAAGGGUGAUUCUGAAAGCGUUGCAAAUCAGAAAUCUGACAAACUGAAUAUUAAAGUCAAGACAGAUGAAUCUCCUUACAAACAGUUAACAUCUUCGUCUCCUGAACAAUUAACGAGUGAACCAAUAAUCAAAGUAAAAAAAUUUACAUGUCAAGAAUGUGGAAUGCAGUUUAAAACUAAAGGAAGAUUCGAUAAACAUAUACCUUGCCGUGUUCUUCGUGGUUCUGAGUACUUACAAAAACCUCAACUGAAAAGAGGCAGGAAAUCCUUAAAUUCAAAGUCGCUGAACAAUAUGAAACUACUUCCUUCCACGGUUCAACGGAAAGGCGUUGAUGAUACUGAUGAAUUUUCAUUACUUGUUCGCAUACUUGGUAAAUCACCGAAAUCAUAUAACUGUGCCAAAUAUAUGAAUGAUGAAAAUUUCAAAGAAGCAGACGACAGUUCAGAAUUUUCCACUAGGAAGAAGUCAUCGAUAACAGGAACUCUUAAAUUUAAUAUUUCUCCUAAUCAUACUGUAGAAUUUUCGGUUAGCGCUAAUCUACUGGCUGUAAAACAGUGUAUUUCACUUUUGGAUAACAAUUCAGGUCAAUUCAAUGGUGUGCCAUUGUCAACAACAAAAGACUAUUUAACUGAAAUAAAUGGUGUUUCUUCAUCAUUACCAUUCACUUGUUUACCGUCUUAUCGAUCUGUUGAUUCUGUAAUAGUUUCUUCUACAUCUUCCGUAAUAAAUACAAACAAAGAGAAACAAGUGAAUUACAAUACUAAUAAUACUAUCCAUCAACAUAAUCAUAUAACAUCUAGUUAUCAGAAUGAUUAUUCAUUUGCAUCGCAUAAUUUGAUUAAUAUGUCAUCAUUAAAUCCCCUACUCGAUGAAUAUCGUGAUCGUAGUCAAGAUGAAUUACAGGCUGCACGAACAAUUCUAUCAUUAGCUCAUGGAGCUACUGAUCUCAUUUUUAAUAUGGGACAAGUUAACAUGGAUAUAGACAGUAACAAUGCGCCAAUUACCAAUAAUAUUAAUAAUAAUCAUAAUAAUAAUGACGACAAUUUGUGUGAAUUAAACACAUACAACACUGAAGUUGUUACUAAUAUAACUGAAUCUAGAAUAUCAGGUGAUGAAGUUGGUGGAAAUUCUCAGUGGGUGUUGAAACACACAACUGAUAGUUUUCAGCAAGGGAAUGAAUUAAACAGCAAGUCAACUGCAAUAAUGCCAUCUAUCACUGGUUCAAUACAAUCAAAUAGUCAGUCAAAUAUGGUGUUAGAAAAUAAUAUAUCUCAGACGACAAUUUUGCAUGAUUCAGAUAAGUGUAUUUCACAGGCGAUCAAUACUGCUAGCACUACCGCUACUACUAUUAUACCUGCCAUUCAAACUGUUACGGAUUAUUUGAUGACCACCACUACAGCAGCUGUUACGAUGCUAGCAACUACAACAACAACUGCUACUACUAACACCACUUCACAGUCUUCGAAGACUGUUUCAGAUACAUGGCAUCCAAUUUCUAGUUCACAGAAUAAUAUCAGCAGUAAUAAUAAUAACAGUAAUGCAGUACAUAGAAAAAUUCGUCCACCACCUAAGAAACGUUUAUCAACAAAUUAUUCACGAUCAAAUUCUUCUCGUUCAUUGGCAGACAGUAAUAACACACCAACAAAAUCUCAGGACAAUGCUAAUCAAAUAAAAUCUCCAUUUUCCUCUUGUACUACUGGAUGUGAGCCAUUAGUAGUUGCUAGUCAACCGAUCAAACCAAUAAUCAGUGUUUCUGCAACUUCUUCAUGUGCUUCAUCAACUGAUCACAUUGAUACAUUGUCUACUUUCUCGUAUUCUUCUUGUACUUCUUCUGCUUCAGGUAUAGGAUUAGUUUCUGCACCGAUACAAUUAACUAAUGUGGUUUAUGGUAAUCCUAAUCUUAUUCCAUCACACACUACAUCGCUAACACCGUUUAUUCCUAAUCAAGAUCUUACAACACAUCAACCUAAUCCACUGAAUGCCUUCACCAUGGUAUUUCCUACACCAAGACCAAUUACACCGACACCACAAACAAUAAAUGGAACUCAACCAAGUUUUUUCAUAUUACCUCAGCUAAUGGUUUUGCCUAGAUUUGUUGGCUCAUAUAUACCAAUGAUAUCUGCACCUGAACCUUAUCCAUCUAUAAUUAAUCCUGUACACAGUUCAAGUUUAACUGAAACACGACCAUCUACUUUUAUGACAAGUUCACUUGUAACACCUAUUCCAACAGUUCAACCAGAAUAUUCACCAAAUCAACCAGUUCGUACAAUUAUUCUGCAACCACCUCCACAACCAUCAUUACCACUAACUCAACCAAUGUCGAUUCUUGGAAGUGAGACAGUUACAACACAGACUUCAGAUGAUAGUCAUUUAAAACCAAUUAAUCAGAAUUUAAGUAGUGAUGAAAUAAAGGAAUUAAACAUCUCAGAUUCUAAUAAUAUGCAAGUAUCACAGCAAUCCGAAAUAUGUUCAGUGAAAGAUAAAUUAUUACUGCCCACUCUAUCUAAUCAGAAUAAUGCAAACUGUUCAAAGAAAUCAGAAUCGACAAAAUGUAUUUGGAGUGGACCGAAUAUUACAAAACCAGUGCCUAUAAGACCUGUACCAGAAGCAUUUAAAGUCAAGUUAUCCAAUGUUUUACCAUCAUCUCUACAAAGUAAAUCCGUGCAAGAACAUCAACAGCAGCAACAACAGCAACAUCAUGGAUUAACAGGCCAACAGACUGCUUCAGAUCAAAGGGUGUUAUCAACACCUGUUACUUAUCAUGAUAUGACAAGUAACUGUACUAAAACCACUGUCAGCUUGACAACAACUAUCGUCAAUACACUAACUAAUUCCCCUGCUUACAUGAACCCUACUCCUCCUCCUCCUUCUCUUCCUCCUGCUCCUCCUUCUCCUGUCUGUAUUGAUCUCGUUUCUCCGGAUAAAAUGUCAAGUGUUGACACCACCUUAGAUACUAGUCCAGCAUCUUAUACAUCUCAACAAUCUCAGAAUAAACUUGUUACAAUCUUACCGGCUAAUCAAUCAGAUAAAAUAAAUAAAUUUCAAUAUCGUUCAAUUCAUCAUAAGAAAAGAUUAAAUUUUGUAAAACAUAAUAAUUAUAAGAAGUGUUUAUCUAUUUCGCAUAAUCUACAAGUAUCCACUACUACUAAUAAUACUACUACUGCUACUAAUACGACGACAUGUUUACGUGGAAAAUAUCGAUGUCAAGAUUUUCAUUCAUUGCAUAGUAUUAAGUUGUAUCCUUUAAGAAAACACUGGCGUACACAUACAAGUAUUCGACCAUAUAUUUGUCAUCAUUGUGAUAUUUCUUUUAAAAAUCGUGGCAAUCUAAGCAAGCAUAUGAAAUCACGUUGUCAUCAUGACAAGUUUUUAAAAGACUCAGGAUUAACUCAAAUGCCUUUGUCAAAUAGCAUUUCUGAUUCAGAGAGUCAGUUUAAUGGUACAUCUAACAACGAAGAGAUUAGUGUAGGAGAGAAACAUGAUAAUGAUACUACAACUACUACAACUAAUACUACUACUACUGCUACUACUACUAAUGAUGAUGAUGAUGAUGAUGAUAGUAAUAGUACUGUCUGUACACCUGAAGAUCUUUCAAAUUGUAGUAAGGCAUCAGUUGUUGCGUCGACAUCACCAUCGAUGUCGUUAUCAUGUAAAACCAGAAAUUCGAAAGGAGCAGUUAACAACUGUUCCAUUCCGAUGAAUAACAAAAGAAACCAAGACAACUCUUCAACAUAUAAUGAUAUCCAUGCGGCGAUUUCUAAAUCAUCAUCAUCAACUGCACCACCAUCCCCAGUAUCUUCGUCGUCGAAUUUAUGCUUAAAAUCUUCAGUUUUACAAUUCAAUACAUGUUCACAUGUAUCAGAUUCAUCUAAUCGUAUUCCAGCUCCAAAUGUUAAUGCUGUUAAUUUAUCACAGGUAAUCUUGGCUUUCUUUGCAUUGGUUAUUGGAAGACGCGUAGACUUGUAAUACAUGAGAGUUGAGUAUCUAUUCAAAACUCUGUAUAUCAGCAGUAAUUAGUAAGCUUCGGCUAGUGGCACAUCCCAAGCUGCUCAACCGAUAGCUGCUACCUUAACAUGGUGGUCGGACUUGCAUACCACAAUGACCCCUAACAAGCUACACUGGCCGAAACUGAUAUUCCUGCGAGUACUACCAUGUUAGACUUAUAGACACUUAUCAUCAUAGUGUAAGUCGUUUACAUUAACUUGGGGGGGGGGUCUGUGAGAGCAAUAAGAUGUUCCCUUCAGAUGACUAGCUAGUCAGCUAUGCUGCCUCUCAGCUCUGAAAAGAGGCGAUUUCAUAUUUCGUGAGGUUUAGUUGAGUUGGUAGAGACAUCCUAAUUAGCAACAGACACAUUGAUUACGAGUGUGUUACUUGUCAGCCACCAACUCUAUACAUCGGUUACUUGAUUUCCCAGCCCAUUAGUUGAUCGACAACACACAAUGAGGUAAGUCGAAAAAGUAUGUUUAUACAAUGAAUCAAUUAUUUAUAUAUAUUCAAAACAAAGAAUACUACAUGGGCCAGUGACGUCGGCAGUAUAACGGAUAAAUCGAUUAACUGUCUCUGGCUAUCCAUAGGACAACUCUGAUUGAUCCAGUUUCCAGAUAGGAUAUCCGCCCACAUAUCAGGGGGUUAGAAAAAGGUCAACCUCGAAAACUGUUCAUCCCAACUUACCUUGGGGCGGUCCAUUGCUGGUGGUGAGUUCAUAAUACCGAGGUAACUCUAAAACCCACUUCAAGUAGGCCGUGUAUGAGCCACCUAAAGUAGUCGUUCAUUGGACUCUGCUGUCACGCAACAUUAAUGCUGCUUCAAGAAGAAAUCAACUUUCAUAGUGUGAGAAGCCGGGAAGUAAUAACCGCUCACACACUCCUAUAAGCACACAAAGGUUUUCGGACACUAGAGGCAGUAAUAAAUUCAUAUGUGACUAUGUUAAAUGGUCACUUUAAUUUUGCACGGUGUACUAUCGAUUCCAAGGUACGAAUCAUUAUUCUUAGUUAUAUCAAACCAUAUGGAAUUUUGGUGUUUGUUAUGUAAACCAAAUGAAAUUUUAUUUGUUGAAAUGAAUGUCAGUGACUGCUUUUUGUUUGUUUUUCCAAAAGCAUUUAUCUGAUAUGAGUAUUUGUUUCGUUUUAUCGAUCGUUCGAUAUAAACCGACUUAAGGAUUGUUUAUAUAAAAAGAUGUUUUUGGAUUGUUAAUAAGUUGAAAUUCACAAACUCACUGAAAAUAAUUUAUUUACAAAAAUUUUGAGUGAAAUAAGAGUAAACAUUGAGGUUAGUAUACAGUGAACCUAUUGUUACUUCAUCGAUUCUCAUUGGCUGUGUUCAGCAUAUACCUCCUAACAUUUUAAAUAAGAUUAUUUCUUUGUAACAUUUGAGAAUUAACUCAUUCAUCUUUACUAUAUUUGAAUGAAAUUAUUUUCCCCUUGGCUAUGAUGCCAUUAUUUGGUUAUUCUUUACAAACUUGUUCACAUUUAUUUCUAUCGUGCGAAUUGGAGUAUGUUAGAACUUUAUGCCUAUUUUGCUGUUAGAAAUACUCUAUGGGUCGCAUAUAGAGUAGUAUGGAGAAUCCCACGAAGUCAAAUGUAUAGACAUAUAGACUUUGCAGUCAAGAGUACAUCUUCCGAGAUCAUUAGGGAUGGCUUUCUCACUGCGUCAGUGGCACAGUGGUUAGGACCCUCACCCACCCACCAUGCACAUGGUCCGAGGUUUGACCCCUGCUGACGCACACCUGACAUCAAUGGUUGGCCUGCAAAAUUUGGGCUACCGAUAUCGCAUGCUGGAAAUUCCAUACUUGUACCAAAAAUACAGUGUGAAAUCAAGCUGUAAUCAAAAAUAUAAAAAUAAAGUUCUGCUCCUUUUAACUCUAUAAAGACGACCAACAUGUGUAUGAAUUUCACCUUUUAAAGAUCUCAUCAAAAUCAAUCUUUCUGAUUAUGUAGUGUUAUCGAUAUGUGUUGAGAGGUUCGUCAACAUUUUUAAAAAUAAACUUCAUUACUGGGUACUUAAUUCCUUAAUUUGAUCCUUUUUUCUUUAAUUGAAAAAAGGAUUUACCAAUGAAUUUAAGUGCUAAACCUCAAGAACCGAUUGCUUUAAUAAGAUAUGUUGUUGAUCCAUCAACUUAUGCUAAAAUGAAUGGUAUUCAACCAGCGAGUUAUCUUAAUCAUCAUCAACAUCAUCAUCAUCAUACAGACAAUUUUUAUGAUAAACAAAUUCCAAGUAAUUGUCUUCCAUCAGCAGAAGUGAUUGUUCAAACAGCUGUUGAAGCUGCUCGUAGUUUAGCAUCGGAUAAGCCGAAUUUAAGGCAACAAACAAAUAAAUCGAAUCAGUCUACUCCAGAUUCAAAAUACUUUGAGAAGACAUCUAGUCCAGGAAGCAAGAUAAAUUGUAAUAUUAACAACGAUUCUGAAGAACAACACUUCCCCAAAGCCUUACGUACUUCUACACCCAAUCAUCAUGAAAAUAAACAGAAUGAUAAAUCGUUCCUACUUCCACGUCCUGCUAGUAAUGGCAGUAGUUGUGGUAGUGGCGUCAUUUGUACAGAAGAUUCUUCACCGAAUAAAUUAAAUAAGGAUACGAAACAGAAUAAACUGGAGACAACACCUGUUACACCAACUACUGUUUCAAAUAAAACUGAAUCACCUUCACGACAAAAUCAUGGAGUUAAAUCUCACAAUUGUCUAAAAGAUCCUCGACCAUACAAAUGUAACACAUGUAAUGUUGGCUUUCGUGUUACCGGACAUUUAUAUAAACAUUAUCGAUCUAAAUCACAUAUGUCAAAUAUUCUACAAAUGGCUCAAUUAUCAAGCAGUACAAUUGAACGUGUUCUCCAAUGUCAUAUGGGUAAUUCUCAACUUAUUAAUCCAGAUACUGGUGAAUUGAUUAUGACAACACUGGAGAAAUUAAUUCCAACUUGUGAAAUUCCUACAACAGUGCCAAUUAAUACAGUAACAAAUGGGCAUAACUGAAAUAUAUAUAUUGCUAUUUGUGAUGAAAAACCAACAAUCUUUCUUUUUUGUACAUAUGAUUGAAGUUUUUAAAAUAAACAACCGAUACCUAUUUUUUGCCCCC